AUGACACUGACUGUGGGGGGAAAAGCUGUCCGCCACCCAGUGUGGGUGGCAAGCGUGCAGGACCCGUGCAUACUAGGACUGGAUUUCUUGAAGGCCACGGGCUGUCAGCUGGACCUGGGCAGAGGCACGCUCAGGUUUCAGGACUGGCCUGUCAUCGCGUUGUCGGCCGUGACAUCACCAGUUGCUGCACCCAUCACUUUGCCGGCACGAAAAGUUGGCACUGCAGAGCCGCAGGCCACACCGACGUUUCCCCAAAACCCCUCACGACAUCAGGGUGCGUGUUCCCCUAACAGUCCACCCCUCCACGCCCACAGCAUUGCUGUUCAGUCGCCUCCCUCUCAGCUGGAGACAGAGGUGAUAGCAGCCAACUCCCCUCCACACUUGCUGGCAGUGCCAGCCCUCAACAGCAUGGGUGCUCGUCUCCGGCCCUGCUGCCCCAGACGGAGGAGGAGACAACGCGUUCUGCCAUCACGAAAAUCUGGAUGUAGAACUGUGUGCCGUCCCCGCCGGCUUCCACUGGCACGAGAAGAGGCGUGUGACAAAGCUGUCGGGAACAUACUGCAGGCAGGCAUCAUCGAGCCAUCAGAUAGCCCCUGGGAAGCUGCAGUGGUCAUGAAGAACGGUGAGUGGCGCCUCUGCUCUGACUACAGGCCACUGAAUGGGGUAACUAAGAAAGACUCAUAUCCACUACCCCGCGUGGAUGAGUCUCUGGACUUAGUCUCAGGCUCUGCCUGGUUUUCCUCCCUGGACCUUCGCUCUGGCUAUUACCAGAUGCCUCUCGCCCCAUCUGCCCGACCAAAGAUUGCCUUUUGCAUUGGACGUGGGCUCUGGCAGUUUAAGGUCCUCAGUUUUGGAUUGUGCAACGCCCCUGCUUCCUUUGCCAGACUGAUGGAUCAGGUGUUGACUGGCAUUCCACGCCAGGAGUGCCUGGUUUAUCUGGACGACAUCUUGGCACAUGGACCCUCUCUCGAUGCCGCCCUGUUGUCAUUACGGCGCGUGCUGGAGAGGAUCCGGGAACCAGGGCUGAAACUCCACCCGGAUAAGUGCAGUUUUAUGCAGCGGCAGUGGGUGGAGUCACAGCAGAGGCCGCCAUGGGAGGAGGCGGCAAGACUCUCACAGGCCACCAAGGGACUGUGGUCAAAGUUUGACUUGCUGCGCCUGAUCGACGGGGUGCUGCAGAGGGCAUGGAAAGAGCCUGCUACAGGGGAGGAGCGUUGGCAGCUGGUGGUCCCCAAGGGCCUGAGGACAGCUGUACUGCAGGGCAUGCACGGAGCCUCAGGGUCAGGCCACUUUGGUGUGACCAAAACGCUCCGCCGCCUCCGUCAAGGCUUCUAUUCGGGCCACUUUCGCCGGGACGUAGAAGACUUCUGCAGACGUGGCCAGAGGCGUAUGCCCUCCCAAACCUGGAAGCAGAGACUGUGGCAGAUGCCCUGCUGGGAGGCAUACUCAGCCGGUUUGGGAUGCCUGACACACUGCACAGCGACCAGGGGAGAAAUUGAGUCCCAGGUGUUCGCUGCCAUGUGCAGCCGCCUGGGCAUACAGAAGACACGCACCACCCCGUUACGGCCUCAAAGUGACGGGCUCGUGGAGAGGCUUCACUGCACUCUGGGUCGCCAGCUGGCCAUACUGACAUCAGAGCAUCAGCAAGACUGGGAUGAGCCUCUGCCGCUGGUGCUCAUGGCGUGCCGGUCUGCAGUCCAGGAGUCGACCACGUGUUCCCCAGCACUCCUCAUGCUAGGGAGGGAGCUCCGCACACCAGCAGAGCUGGCCUUUGGGCGGCCUUCAGAUGCCCCUGUGGUUUCCCCAGGCCCGGAAUACGCUAGGAGGCUCCAGGACAGGCUUGAGUCUGCCCAUGCGUUCGCCCGGUUGCAGAAGAAGGAGUGGCUAUGUUUGAACUGCCAGACCCAGCGUCUGAUGUCAGGAAGCCUGGGAGACGCACCCCUUCCUCUUCCUCAUCCGUCUCCAAAGCACCAGCCAAUGGGAUCCCCCCGCCACCAGGCACCGGCAAGUCAGCAGCCGGCUCAGCAGAAAGGCAUCAGUCAGCAGGGGCCCAGGGGCAUGCAACCCCAGCAGCAGAAGGCCCAGACGGGGCCAGGGACGGGAGUCUUUGGCCCCACUGCAGCCAAACCACCAGAAGAGGCCAAGACCCUUGGGCAGCCCACCACCCAGCCCAGCCUUCCACCGGCCCCUGAGGACAAGAAACCAGCCAAGGACCCAGAGGAGACCAACACGCCAAAGCAGGACACGGAAUGGGAGAUCCAGAAGAUCCCUGCCACAGAACCCAAGUCUUCUCAGAAGAAGGGAGAGCAGAUUAUCAAGGACAUCAAGAAGUCCAGGCAUUAUGAUGAUACAAAGAACAACAGUACUCAUGACCUGUCACGAAGUCCCCAGAGUCUAAGCGACACAGGCUACUCCUCCGACGGCAUCUCCAGCUCCCACAGUGAGAUCACCGGCCUCAUCCAGGAGGAGGAGAUGAAGCUGAGCGAGAGAGGGAUCAGCGCCAGCCCCCCCAGCCCCUCAGAGAUCACCAAGCUGGAGAGCUCCAUGAGGCCCCUUCUGGAGUCCAAGGCCCUGCCGCCCGAGGAGAGGGAGCGAAGCCGUGGGAGGCACCACCGAGACCGGGACCGGCCACGCUCCCUGUCCAUCACCCCAGAGUCCUACGACUCAGACGAGGAGUUGGAGGACAUCUUAGAGGAGGAGGAGGACGGAGGAGGAGGAGACUGGGAAACCAAACGGGAGCACAGGAAGGAGGCCAAGGCGAAGGAGGAGAAGAAAGCUGCUCCUCCUCCGGAGCCUGCGGAGAUGACCGAUGAGGAGUUCAUGAGGAGGCAAAUCAUGGAGAUGAGCGCUGACGAGGACAACGAGGAGGAGGAGGAAGAGGAUGAGAUGGUGGAAGCAGAAGAUGAAGAGGACGAAGGCUAUGGUUACCAGAAACCCAAGAAGAGCCACCACAAGCACCUGUCUGACUCGGCCAAGGAAAAGCGCAGACUCACCCACCACUCGAGCAGCUUCGAAGAAGAGACCAAGAGUGCUUCAGAUGUGUAUAAAGGCUCAGCAGAGGAAGGCGAGGAGGACCUGAUGGCCUCCCAGGGUGGCUUGCGUCGUUUCAAGACUAUCGAGCUCAACAACACGAGCAGCUACAGCCGUGACAUGGAGCUGAACAGCGAGAAUGACCUCAGUCUGGACCGCGAGCCCGAACUAGAGAUGGAGAGCCUGACGGGGUCUCCUGAGGAACGCUCCAGGGGCGACUACUCCUCCACUCUGCCGCCCACCACCUCAAGCUACACCUCGGGACAGUCCCCUACCUCAAUCUCCUCCAUGGAAGAGGACAGCGACAGCAGCCCCAGCCGCAGGCAGAGGCUGGAGGAGGCCAAGCAGCAGAGGAAGGCCCGGCACCGCUCCCACGGGCCCCUCCUCCCCACCAUUGAGGACUCCUCUGAGGAGGACGAGCUGAGGGAAGAGGAGGAGCUUCUACGGGAGCAGGAGAAGAUGAGGGAGGUGGAGCAGCAUCGGAUCCGCAGCACCGCCAGGAAGACCAAGAGAGACAAGGAGGAGCUGAGGGCCCAGAGGCGUCGUGAGAGGUCCAAGACUCCCCCGAGCAACCUCUCCCCCAUCGAGGAUGCCUCCCCCACGGAGGAGCUGAGACAGGCGGCAGAGAUGGAGGAGCUGCACCGCUCCUCAGCCUCUGAGUACUCCCCCCAGAGCCUGGACUCUGAGGCCGAAGGCUACGAAUCAAAACUAUACAAGUCAGGCAGCGAGUACAACCUGCCCACGUUCAUGUCUCUCUACUCCCCCACGGAGAAAACCUCCUCCACUACCACCACCACUGCCUCCUCAUCCUCCUCCUCAUCCAAGCCUCUUAAAAGUGCCGAGGAGGUGUACGAAGAGAUGAUGCGGAAAGCCGAAAUCCUUCAGAAGCAGCAGAAGCAACAGCAGCAGCAGCACGGCCGGCAAGGGCAGUACUACGAGGAGGACGUGAACGGCCAGGACUACGAAGAGGAGUUUGAGUACGACCAGACACAGAGCGGCUACGACAACGAGGCGGCGGAGACGGACAUCUACGAGGAGAUCCGCCAGACGUCUCAGAGCAUCACCAAGAUGCAGCAGGAAACGGACGAGCAAGUGGAGAUUGACAUGGAGGGCCUGGAGGGCAGUGCCUGCCCAGAAAAACAGCUGCUCGACACAGGAUCUGCCUUCGCCAAGCUCCUGGAGCAGAGCAAUGCUCUCUUGACUCCCGGUACAAGCCCCACCCAGGUUUCUGCUCCCGUUUCCUUCUCUGAAACCACUAGCCGGAUCCCUGACGUCAAGGUGACCCAGCACUACUCCAAAGACAAGAUAAAGAGCCAGACUGGUAAAAACGGCAUCACUCCAGUGGUGGCUGCCACAACCAUAGCAGCCUAUGGCGUCUAUGCCAGGGAUGCAGUGACAAUAUCCCAGACCAGUACGAGCCACACCAUGACCACUACCCAGUCAACCAUGUAUGGCAGGCACACUGGGGGCCCUGCCACAUCCACCACUACUGUCUCCAACGUCUGCAGCAAGAUAGCAGAGAUCACCCAGGCCUACAGCCAGAGGGAGGUGGUCACCAAAAAGGCAGGAGACAACAGGGGCGUCCAGGCCAGAGAUACCUCCACUUCCUCAGAGCGCGUUAUCGAGCCACGUCCUCGUAAGACGCAUUCUUACUACCGGAGUUCCAGCCCUCCCCUUUCCCCUUCGCCUCCCACCAGUCCUACACGCUCCCCCUCCAGGAGGCACACCGUGGAGUUCUCCACCCAGACCCUGAACUCUGGCAUGGAGGUGCAGUCAUCCGGAUCGGGAUCUACCUCUCCAGUGAUGGCCCAAGGAACCCAGACGCCAAACAGGUCUGUCUCUCCGCGACUCUAUAGACAGCAAUCUUCUCAGGAGGUGCCCUACUCCCCUCCCCGCAGCCCCGCUAGGCCGAUGACUGUCAACACAGCCACCUCCCCUCUGUCCUCACCCACGAGGUUCAGCAGACACUCCACGUUUGACUACUCUCCUGCAGCAAGCCCUCCAGACACCCCGCCCUACCACCAGUCCCCCCAGCACACCUUUUAUCAUACCCAGCGGGUGGAGAGGGUCAGUGUGGGGACCAGCAUGGUCACCACUGCCAGCACCUACAGCCGAGGCUCCAUGUCCAUGGACAACAUAUCCCUCUGUCGCAUCUCCACCGUUCCAGGCACCUCCAGGGUGGAGCAGGGGCAGAUGAUCCAGGGGGGGAGUGUAGUUGAUCUGAGAACAAUCGCCAAGAUGGCUCCUAUCAUCAUGACUGACCAAGGGAUGGACCUCACCUCCCUGGCCACAGAGUCGAGAAGGUACCAGGGGGGUUCUGAGGGCAGCCCCAGCCGCCACUCUCACACCAUUGUCCAGCCGCUCAUCAUGAACCUGAAUGCCCAGGAGCACCCCCACGUUAUGACCUCCACUACCCCCACCACCGUCAGCGUCACCGUGGCAGCCUCCAUGUUCAUCUCCCAGUCGAAGCAGCCCAUGGUAUACGGAGACCCGCUCCAGAACAGGGUGGACCUGGGCCAGGGCAUGGGCAUGGCCGUGUGUCUGUCCCAGAACAAGCCCCAACACAUAGACCCGGCCAUCCCCAAGAUUGAUGCCAGACUCGAGGACCUCAGCAUCCAGCAGCAUCAGUUGCUGAUGCAGCAGCAGAAACUCCAGCAGCAGCAGGAGCUUCUAGAGCAGCAGCUCCAGCAACACCACCAGAUGCAGCACGUCUCCAGCGGGGCACGGUUCAGCAUGCCUGGCCAGGUGCCACUACUGAAGAAGGAUCUGUUGGUCAGCCAGACCAGCAAUGCCCAAGCUGUGGUUAGUGCCAUUUCUCCAGCCGUGGCCCCAGACCUGUAUGUCUCUGGAGGUCCUCUGGAGUUGAAGGGCAAGCCUACCCCCGCAGGGGUGGUGAACCUGUCUGGGGGAAAGCCUCCCCAUGCCAUGCUGGUGCAAAUGGAAGCCGGGGCAGGACAGAUGGGGCCAGUGACCCAGUUGGUCAAGCCAGAAGAGGGGCAGGAUGUUGUUGAUCUGACGGGCCAGAUGAAGCCAGAGAACCAGUCAGCUUGCUGCGAUGUCGUUUACCAUCUCCCAUUUGGUGGUAGCUGUGUUGGGGGUCCCUUCUCUCAGAAAACCAAUGUGGAAGAGAAGGAGGAAAGCCAGGGACCUCGGCCACCCUCUGCGCCUCCUCUCUCCCAUCCUUAUGACUCAGACCAGGAGGUCCAGCAGCAGUACCAUGAGUACCCCAUGAUGGAUGCCCGCAAGGGCUACACCCUGCCCUUCCCUGGUAGGCUCCAGCCCUCCAUGUCUGACACCAACCUGGCAGAUCCUGGGCUGCAGUCCUAUCAUUCUAAAAUGGACCCUCACCUGCAGGCCACUGGAGAACUGGCCAUGGAUCUGACAGCUAUGAAGCAUGCCUAUGAGGGAGGGUUCAUGGGGAUGGGCAUGCAGUACGGCUCCUACACGGACCUUCGACAUGGAGGGGAUGUGACCGCCCAGAGCAUGCCCAUACGCAGGUUCAACUCCCUGUCCAACAUCAGCUCUGAUUACGGAUACUCCCCCCGCGACUUGGCCAACUUCCAGGAGUCUAAUCUGGCUCAAUACAGCGCCACCACUGCCAGGGAGAUCAGCCGGAUGUGUGCCGCCCUCAACUCCAUGGACCGCUACGCUAGCAACCCAGAGCUGAUGCAGUUUGCGGUUGGAAGAGGGUCGGGCCCAGGGAGCAGAAUAUCUUCCGGUCUAUCGGGAAUGAGGCCCAACAUGCUGUACGGGCCGGAUGGGAAGCCCAUCUCCCACAGCCAGGCCCUCACAAACUUGAUCAAUGCCCGGCAAGCUAGCCUUAGAGCCAUGUAUCCUUCAGCCAUAAGGUCCUCUGAUGGCAUGAUCUACUCCACCAUCAACACGCCCAUUGCCUCUACAUUGCCAAUCACCACCCAGCCAGCCUCUGUGAUGCGUCCACUCCUCAGAGGAGUUUAUCGCCCAUUCCCCACUGCUAAUAUGACCCCUGUGCCCUUGGCCAGCCUCAGCAGAAUGCCUGUCAACCCAAGGAUGCCGCUGUCAGGUCAGGCUCCAUUCCGCUACCCAACCCCUAGCCGUUUCCCAGCAGCCACUACUGCAGCACCAGUUUGCAUGCCUGCUCUGAUCCCUGUAAACACAGUACAGGAUGCACCUAUGUACUUGGGGAAGGCAACGCCGUCAACAACAUCGUCAGUCCCUGCGACUGUGCCAACAGAGACCCAACAGCAGCCAAUCAACCUGUCUCAGACCCACCUCCACACCCAUGGGCCAGGAAGCCAGCAGCCCCCCGGCCAGCAAACCCCAACCCAGCCCCAGGGUGGCCAACUCCAGUCCCAACCUCCCCCACACCAACCCCCGUCCGCUCACGGUUACCCUCCGAUCACCAGCCACACCCAGCCCGCCCAAGGCUACCCCCAGCCACCCCCACACCCUGCCCCGACCUCAGGUGGCCUCCCGGGGGGCCUGGCUCACCCCGAAGGGGAGACAGAGGAGGAACGCCUGCACCGGCAGCAGGAGCAGCUGCUGCAGAUGGAGCGGGAGCGAGUGGAGCUGGAGAAGCUGAGGCAGCUCCGUCUGCAGGAGGAGUUGGAGAGGGAGAGGAUGGAGCUGAAGCUGCACAGGGAGAAGGAGCAGAUGCUGGUGCAGAGGGAGAUCCACGAGCUGCAGACUAUCAAGGAGCAGGUCAUCCAACAGCAGCAGGCUGAGAGGGAGAACCAGCUGGUGAUGCAGAGGGAGCAGUUAGCCCAGCAGAAAGCCCAGCUCGACCAGAUACAGUCACUGCAGCAGCAGCUCCAACAACAACUGGAGGAGCAAAAGAGACAGAAGACCGCUGCAGCCACGGUGGACUUGAACUUGAACGGACAGACGUUGCAUCCCUAUGCAGAAGUUACUUCCAGGUCUCUGCCCAACUCCUCCUCUGAGCUGUGCCUGCGGAGCGGAGAAGAGCCCCCGGAGAGCCGUAGCAUGAGGAAGCAGAAUUCCAUGCCUCGUCUUCGGGACGGUGGUGAUGGAGAGAGUGCUCAAUUAUACGGCGCCCGCCGUAUUGUAGAUAGCUGUGUUCAGACGGACGAUGAAGAUGGCGAGGAGAGGUAUAUGUCACGGCGCAGCAGACGCAACCGUCGUAGCGUGGACUGCAGCGUCCAGACGGACGACGAUGAGGAGAAGGUGGAGUGGGAGCAGCCCGUACGCCGUCGACGCUCACGACUUUCCCGCCACUCAGAUUCCUCUGCCCCAGACUCAAAAAGUGACAACACCAAGAUGGCGUCCUCCAGCAUCGCCAUCCAGACCAUCUGUGACUUCUCAUGCCAGACAGAGACAGAGCAACUUGGGAGGGUGUCCCCUGCCAUCCACGUGACCCUCCCAGACCCCAACAAGGUGGAGAUUGUCCACUACAUCUCUGGCCCGGAGCGGACCCAGAAGGGCCAGAGCCUAGCCUGUCAGACGGAUCCAGAGGCCCAGUCUCAGGGGGUGGUGGUGCCCCAGCUCAGCGUGCCCACCACUGUCAGCCCGUACUCCUCCAGCACAGAGACCCUCAGCCACUCCCAGCUGCGCCAGCACAACCACCAGCAGCAGCAGCAGCAGAAUGCCGCCGCGGCCAAGUUCGAGAGGCGCCGGCCAGACCCCUUGGAGAUCAGCUAUCAGCCACCACACCACCUCCACAACGAGUCCAUCUCCAGCCUCAUCCGCCAGGCGCCCCCAAAGUCCCCCCAGGUCCUCUACUCUCCUGUCUCUCCUGUCUCCCCACACCGACUGCUAGAGUCCUCCCUGUCCAGUGAAAGACUGAACAAGGCCCAUGUCACCCCACAGCAGAAGUCCUACACCACUGAGUCGCCCCAGAGACACCCCACCAUGCCCCGGCCCAUCAAGAGCUCGCAGAGGUCCAUGUCCGACCCCAAGCCGCUCAGCCCCACCACAGACGAGCACACCAAGGCAAGGCUGUGUCUCUCCCAGCAGCAGGCCCUGCAGAGCCAGCUGGCUGCCUUACAGCAAAGCUCACUGCUGAGGAAGGUGAAGCGGACCCUACCCAGCCCUCCUCCAGAAGAAUCCCAUUUGCCCAUGGUGACCCCAGCACUCCCCCAGCUCUACAUGCCCUCCAUGGCCAGCCUGAAGGCAGCCUCCCGGCCCGGCCUGGCAGCCAAGGCCAGCCUCUUAAAGGACCUCACCCACGAGCUGAAGGCCGUGGAGCAGGAGUCCACCAAGCUACGCAAGCAGCAGGCCGAGCUGGAGGAGGAGGAGAAGGAGAUCGACGCCAAGCUGCGCUACCUGGAGCUGGGCAUCACCCAGAGGAAGGACACGCUGGUGAAGGAGAGGGAGAGGAGGGAUAUCGCUUACCUGCGCUGCAUGGGCGACGCCCGGGACUACAUGUCCGACAGUGAGCUCAACAACCUGCGUCUGGUGGCAGCAGCAGCCAGCUAUGAGAGCAACGGGCUCCUGGCGCGGCCCAGCACUGCGCCACUCAGCCAUUUCACCAGUGACCUCAACACGGCCGCACAAUUUCCCCCCACUUCCUCCUUUGUGUCCUAUCAGUAUGCUCAAAGCCAGUCAGCUUCAGUCCCCCAGCCACAAGCACCCUAUCAGCCCUCAAGCUACAACCAGCCCCCAUACCCUACAGUUUCCCAGUCCCAGACCCUACCCCAACCUACCCCGCUUCAGACCCAGACCCCCGCCCCUGUCUCCUACCAGACCCAAACCUCUUAUCCCUCUCACACCUAUCCCCUGUCUCAGCCCCAACACCAGCCCCUGCCCCCAUACCCCCAGUCGGACCAUGGGCAGCCCGCCCUCCCCCAGCAUCUCUCCCAGCCCCAGCCCAGCCACGGGGGCUUUGCCCCUGCCCAACCCGGUCAGCCCCCAUACCCAACCCACAGCUCCCCUUUCCCAAUCCAGACAUCCACUUACCCAGGAAGCCAGAGCUCCAGCUACCAGCCCCAAGCUGACAUUCUCACCGUGCACCAGAGGCCCCGGCAGACAUCUCUAGCCGACUUAGAACACAAGAUGCCCACCAACUAUGAGAUCAUCAGCAACCCCACAGUGGUAGUGACCACCACGGCACAGGACGCCACCUACUGCUCCAGCGGAGCGCCCCCCUAUGGACAGUACACAGGUACUACAACCAUGGCUAGCUCUUAUGGCCCAUAUUCCUCCCCUGUGUCCAGUACAUACGGCCAGUACAGCACCACAGCAGCCAGCACCUACGGCCAGUACACUUCCACUCCAGCCAGUACGUACGGACAGUACACAACCACCACAGCUAACACGUAUGGCUACACCACCACCACGGCCAGCUCCUACGGUCAGUACACCUCCACAGUGGCCAACAGCUACGGAGGUCACUACAAGCCAGACCCCUCACUCCACUCUGUGGACAGCCCCUCCACGUAUGCCAGCGAUGGCCUUUACGGAGGUACGGGCCUGGAGCAGAGCAACCCCAGGAACUACGUCAUGAUCGAUGACAUCAGCGAGCUGACCAAGGAGGGGAUGGGCCCCCACAGCGACGGCCACGGAGGACGCUACCCCGGAGAAGUUGGCCCCGUCCUGGGCCCCGGGACUGGCCCCGGUGUGGGUCCGGCACGAGGCACAGGCAGCGGAGGCACUUACGGCAGGCCGGAGGACGAACGGGAGGAAGACCUGUACGACCACCAUGGCAGGGGUAAGAGCUACCACCCGCGAGGGUCAGACACGCACGGACGAGUAGUGAGCAGCGGCAGUGCUAGCAUGGGUGGGGGAUCCUCCUAUUACUAUGACGACUACAAACAUGGCGGCGUGUCGGUGAGCUCGGCGGGGGGGCGCGCGCCUCAGAAGCCCUCGUCCAGGAGCCUCGCGCCGGCCGUCAUGUCGGCCAAACGCAGCAAGCACCGCAAGGCCGGCAUGGAGCAGAAGGUCUCCAAGUUCUCCCCCAUCGAGGAGGCGCGCGACGUCGAGGCCGACAUGGCCUCCUACUCCUCCUCCACGGGGGGAGGUGUCUCCAUGGUAACCCGUGGCCGCCGCCUCCACGACGACCCCUACGGGCUGCGGAAGGGCGGAGCCUACGACCCGAGGCACUACGGCAGCAUGGUGGUGGAGGAGGACGACAGGAUCUACUACACUUCGGGCCGCUCACGCUCCACCGGCUACGGCAUGGACAAGGUGGCGUCCAGGGACUACCCUGGGUACCGGAGCCGCUCCUACGAAAGAGACUCGUCCUCUUCCUACCGUUCCAACUACGGCUACAGCCGGGGCCGCCACCCCACACGCCAGUACUCCGAGGAGGAGAGCUCGCUCAGCCCCCUGGGGGUCGGCAGAGCCUCUGACCCGUACGACCCGGCCCACUCUAGUCAGUAUUAUUACGGCCAGUACUACGGGUCCAGCCACUCGCUCCCAGACGUGCAGGACCACAUGAUCCGAGACCUGCCGCGGACGCACGUCUACAAACCCGACGAUGCGUACAUAAUAGACGAUUUGCACUGUGCUGUGUCAGACAGCGAAGCCUACCACCUGAGCCAGGAGGAGACCGAUUGGUUCCAGAAGCCUCGCUCCACCUCCCGUCACUACGGCAGCAGCGGCCACUCCUCCUCGGGGCGGAGCAGGCACGUCAAACACACCUAUCAUGAUUACGACGAGCCGCCGGAAGAGGACCUGUGGCCGCAGGACGACUACGGACAUGGGGGACGUCACACGACAUCCCGAGACCAACGUCACCAAGGCAGCGCCUCGCGCCACUCCUCGUCCAGGCAUGGGGACGAGACGCGCUCGACGCGCUCCUCCAAGGCCCACCCCAAGGACCCUUCGCUGCGCCACGACUCCCAACGGAUGUCCUCCUCCUCUGGGAAAAGAGGGGAGUCUCGCUCCUCGGGGUACCACUCGUCAGACUACUCCCGGGACCCCUCGGGGCACCACCACGGCCAGCGCUCCUCCAAGCAGGGCUCCCACAACCAGGGAAGCUCCUCCCGGAGCAAGCAGCAGCAGCAGGACCUCCAGGGCCACCCGCCCUCCUCCAGGCAGCCUGGCAGCAGCUCAGGCCGGGUACAGGGCCCUGCCAGUGGGCCUCCCGGCUCAGGCAGGCAGGGUCCUGGUGGUCCCCAGCCAGAUGGAGCUCCAGGUCAGAGGACCCAGCUCCAGCAGCAGCCUCAGACCCAGGCAGCCAGGCAGACCCAGCCGCAAUCAGGGACGGUCAGUACCCAGCAGCAGCCCCCAGGCUCAGCUCAAGCCCAACAGUUUCAGGCUAAACCUGGUCAGCCUGGUAUGGCUGGUCAGCCUGGAAUGGCUGGUCAGCCUGGAAUGGCUGGUAUGGCUGGCCGGCAGCCAGGCCCUGCAGGACAACAACCACCUAUGGCGGCAAAGAUAGACACCCCCCCAAUGACUGCCAUAGGAGCGAAGGCAGCAGCAGCGCAACCUGCAAAAACAGCCCAGCCCCCCCUCACAGGAAUAGGCUCCAAGGCAGGCCCUAGACCAGGAGGCAUCGGCAGCGCCGCAGCAGGCCUGCCGGGGGCCGAGGGAGACAUCCUCUCCAAGAUCCUGCCAGGAGCAGCUGCCGAACAGGCUGGGAAACUUGGAGAAGCUAUCUCCGGAUUUGGCAAGAAGUUCACCUCAAUGUUCUGAGGUGCUGAGAUGAAGGUGUUUGUAAAUGUUACGGAUGAUGU